CUACGAAUGUCAUGGCUCAUCCAUGGUGUUUUGCUGGGAAAUAUAUCCCUGGUGCUGGUCGAGAACAAGACAGGAAAGGAACAGAGCCGGACAUUCUGGCAUUCAGAUAACAGCGAAGGUUUGGGAAUAUGGCAGUGGAUGAUCUUACCUCUCCCAGAUAUACUGGACAGGUUUUGGUUUCAGAUCAUCGCUUCAUGGGAAGAAGGAUCUGAUGCCAUUAUUGCUUUUGACAAUGUCUCCCUUAGUCUGGACUGUUAUUUAACAAUAAGUGGAGAGAAGAUACCUCGAGGUACCACACCAGACUCGAGCAAUUUGCUCACCAGUAGAGGUGGCCAGAAGAAGUUCGGAUGGGAACAAAAGCUUCUGGGAAAUCUCCAACUCCACACUGCCCCCAUUUCUGGUCCAGCAGAUCACUGGUUAUUCACAACAUGUGGUGCCAGUGGACCUUAUGGCCCCACACAGAGCCAAUGCAACGAUGCCUACAGGAAUUCCAACCUCAGUGUGAUCGUUGGAGCUGAAGGGAUUCUCCAGGGCAUUCAGAUCUGGAGAGUACCAGCAACUAACACAUACAGCAUCUCAGGCUAUGGAGCUGCUGGUGGGAAAGGAGGGAAGAACACCAUGGUGCGGUCCCACGGCGUGUCUGUGCUGGGAAUUUUUGACCUCCAGAAGGAUGAUACUUUGUAUAUCUUGGUGGGACAGCAAGGAGAAGAUGCUUGUCCUAGUACUAAUGAUGUUAUACAGAAAGUCUGCAUUGGAGAGAACAAUGUGAUUGAAGAAGAGAUACGGGUGAACAGAAGCGUCAAUGAAUGGGCAGGAGGAGGUGGAGGCGGGGGAGGUGCAACUUACAUAUUUAAGAUGGAGAAUGGAGAACCGGUCCCCUUGAUAAUUGCAGCAGGAGGUGGUGGCAGGGCCUACAGGGCCAAAACAGACACAUUUCAUCCAGAAAGGCUGGAGAAUGAUUCCUCUAUUCCAGGGUUGAAUGGAAAUUCAGGAGCUGCAGGUGGUGGAGGUGGCUGGAAUGAUAACACUUCCUUCCUGUGGUCAGGAAAAUCCUUGCUGGAAGGUGCUACUGGAGGAAGAUCCUGCCCCCAGGCCAUGAAGAAGUGGGGGUGGGAGACAAGAGGGGGUUUCGGAGGGGGUGGAGGGGGGUGCUCCUCAGGUGGAGGAGGCGGAGGAUAUAUAGGUGGCAAUGCUGCAGUGGACAAUGAUCCAGAGAUGGAUGGGGAGGAUGGUGUGUCCUUUAUUAAUCCAAUUGGUACUUUAUACACUCCAGCACUUAAAGUGACAGAGGGGCACGGAGAGGUGGAUAUUAGGCUGCAUCUUAACUGCAGUCACUGUGAGAUGGACGAGUGCCGUGUUGAUCUUGAGACUCAAAAAGUCAUUUGCUUUUGUGAGCCAGGCACGGAGUUGGCUGAGGAUGGUGUGUCUUGCAUAGCUGAGCCAGUGGUUCAUCUCCCUCUCUCCUUGGUCUUGUCUGUAGUGACUUCAGCAUUGGUAGCUGCUUUAAUUUUGGCUUUUUCAGGAAUCAUGAUAGUAUAUCGUCGGAAGCAUCAGGAGCUACAAGCCAUGCAGAUGGAGUUGCAGAGCCCAGAAUAUAAGCUGAGCAAGCUGCGUACCUCCACUAUCAUGACAGACUACAAUCCCAACUACUGCUUUGCAGGAAAGACCACAUCCAUUAGUGACCUCAAAGAGGUGCCUCGAAAAAACAUCUCCCUCAUACGGGGUUUGGGCCACGGAGCCUUUGGUGAGGUAUAUGAAGGUCAGGUGGCAGGGAUCCCCAGCGACCCCACUCCCUUGCAGGUGGCUGUGAAAACAUUGCCAGAAGUGUGUUCGGAGCAAGAUGAGCUGGACUUCCUCAUGGAAGCUCUCAUUAUUAGCAAGUUCAACCACCAGAAUAUUGUGCGCUGUAUCGGGGUAAGCCUGCAGGCACUUCCCCGUUUCAUCCUGCUAGAGCUCAUGGCUGGAGGUGACCUGAAAUCGUUCCUGAGAGAGACGCGGCCUAGACCGAAUCAGCCCUCCUCCCUUUCCAUGCUGGACUUGCUCCAUGUGGCUCGUGACAUUGCUUGUGGGUGUCAGUACCUGGAGGAGAACCACUUCAUUCACAGGGAUAUUGCUGCCAGGAACUGCCUCCUUACCUGUCGAGGGCCUGGGAGAGUGGCUAAAAUUGGAGACUUUGGAAUGGCCCGGGAUAUAUACAGAGCCAGCUACUAUCGGAAGGGUGGGUGUGCAAUGUUGCCCGUCAAAUGGAUGCCUCCUGAGGCUUUCAUGGAAGGGAUAUUUACGUCAAAAACAGACACAUGGUCCUUUGGCGUAUUGCUGUGGGAGAUAUUCUCUUUGGGAUACAUGCCCUACCCUAGCAAAAGUAACCAGGAGGUUCUGGAGUUUGUCACCAAUGGAGGAAGAAUGGAUCCACCUAAAAACUGCCCUGGCCCUGUUUACCGCAUUAUGACCCAGUGUUGGCAGCACCAGCCUGAAGACCGGCCAAAUUUUGCCAUAAUCCUGGAGAGGAUUGAGUACUGCACUCAGGAUCCAGAUGUCAUCAACACUGCUUUGCCGGUAGAAUAUGGCCCAUAUUCUGAGGAGGAGGAGAAGGUAGCGAUGCGGCCCGACGAUCCAGAAGGAAUUCCUCCUCUCUUGGUCUCCAUGCACCAAGACAGAAAGGAUGACAAGCAAACUCUGCCAUCUCCACCACCCCUGCCGUCAGCAAUGACUGCUGGAAAACCUCUAGGGAAAGUGGGAGCCUUGGAACUGCCAGUGCCGGGGAAGGUGCAGUCAGCCUCAGCCGGGGGACAUAUCAACAUGGCCUAUGCCCAGUCCAAUCCCCCUUCUGAGCUGCACAAAAGCCGGGGCUCCAGAAACAAGCCCACCAACCUCUGGAAUCCAACCUACGGUUCCUGGUUUGCAGAGAAGCAGGCCAGCAAAAACAGUUCUGUGCUGGAGAAGGAGAUGCCCGAGAGGGAGAAUUUGGGACAGGAAGGAAACUGUACUGUGGGGCCCAACAUUGUGACUGGCAGGCUGCCAGGCUCCUCCCUGCUAUUAGAGCCAUCUUCCCUAACAGCAAGUGUUAAAGAAGUGCCUCUCUUUAGGCUCCGCCACUUCCCCUGUGGGAAUGUCAACUAUGGAUACCAACAGCAGGGCUUACCCUUGGAAGCCUCCACGCCACCUUGCGCUACCAGUUACGAGGACCCUGUCCUUAGAAACAAGAGCCACAUAACCCAGCAGGGGCCGUGA